CGCGGCGCUGGGUGCUGGUGGGAUUCGCUAAGACGUAGAGAGGACGCGGCCGGCGCCGGGUUGGGGGCUUGCAGCCUGCAGCCAUGACCCUCGCACUCUGUCCUUCGGCCCCGGCCACGGGCGUCUAAUAUCCCACACAGUCGCGCGCAGCUGCCAGAGACCCGGCCGCUGCCCCUUCGUCGCCCUUGGCGCCUUAUCAGUCUCCCUUUCCCGGAGCUGGGAGCAGCGCGGGCAGCCGGCGCCCCCGUGCAAACUGGGGGUGUCUGCUGGACCAGCCCCCGCCGCCGCCGCCCCCGGCUCUGGCCAUGGCCUGGCGGGGCUCAGUGCCGAGCGUCCUGGGGGCGCCCGGGGGCGUCGAUCUCAGUCUGCGGCUGCUGCUACUGCUGCUGUUGCUGCUGCUGCUCCCGGGGCCAGCGCGAGGCUUCGGGGACGAGGAGGAGCGGCGCUGCGACCCCAUCCGCAUCUCCAUGUGCCAGAACCUGGGCUACAACGUGACCAAGAUGCCCAACCUGGUGGGGCACGAGCUGCAGACAGACGCCGAGCUGCAGCUGACAACUUUCACGCCGCUCAUCCAGUACGGCUGCUCCAGCCAGCUGCAGUUCUUCCUUUGUUCGGUGUAUGUGCCAAUGUGCACAGAGAAGAUCAACAUCCCCAUCGGCCCAUGUGGCGGCAUGUGUCUUUCGGUCAAGAGGCGCUGUGAACCUGUCCUGAAGGAAUUUGGCUUUGCCUGGCCAGAGAGCCUGAACUGCAGCAAAUUCCCACCCCAGAAUGACCACAACCACAUGUGCAUGGAAGGGCCGGGUGAUGAAGAGGUACCAUUACCUCACAAAACCCCCAUCCAGCCUGGGGAAGAGUGCCACUCCGUAGGAACCAAUUCGGAUCAGUACAUCUGGGUGAAAAGGAGCCUGAACUGUGUCCUCAAGUGUGGCUAUGAUGCUGGCUUAUAUAGUCGCUCAGCCAAGGAGUUCACGGACAUCUGGAUGGCCAUAUGGGCCAGCCUGUGCUUCAUCUCCACCGCCUUCACCGUGCUGACCUUCCUGAUCGAUUCUUCUAGGUUUUCCUACCCUGAGCGCCCCAUCAUAUUUCUCAGUAUGUGCUAUAAUAUUUAUAGCAUUGCUUAUAUUGUCAGGCUGACUGUAGGCCGGGAAAGGAUAUCCUGCGAUUUUGAAGAGGCAGCAGAACCUGUUCUCAUCCAAGAAGGACUUAAGAACACAGGAUGUGCAAUCAUUUUCUUGCUGAUGUACUUUUUCGGAAUGGCCAGUUCCAUCUGGUGGGUUAUUCUGACACUUACUUGGUUUUUGGCGGCAGGACUCAAGUGGGGUCAUGAAGCCAUUGAAAUGCACAGUUCUUAUUUCCACAUUGCUGCCUGGGCCAUCCCUGCAGUGAAAACCAUUGUCAUCUUGAUCAUGAGACUGGUGGAUGCUGAUGAACUCACCGGCCUGUGCUAUGUAGGAAACCAAAACCUUGAUGCCCUCACAGGCUUUGUGGUGGCCCCCCUCUUCACUUACUUGGUGAUUGGAACUUUGUUCAUUGCUGCAGGCUUAGUGGCCUUGUUUAAAAUUCGGUCCAAUCUUCAAAAGGACGGGACAAAGACAGACAAGCUGGAAAGGCUGAUGGUCAAGAUCGGGGUCUUCUCAGUCCUGUAUACGGUUCCUGCAACCUGUGUGAUUGCCUGUUAUUUCUAUGAAAUCUCCAACUGGGCACUCUUCCGGUAUUCUGCGGAUGACUCCAAUACAGCAGUCGAAAUGUUGAAAAUUUUUAUGUCUUUGCUGGUGGGCAUCACUUCAGGCAUGUGGAUUUGGUCUGCCAAAACUCUUCAUACGUGGCAGAAGUGUUCUAAUAGACUGGUGAAUUCUGGGAAGGUGAAGAGAGAGAAGCGAGGGAAUGGUUGGGUGAAGCCUGGGAAAGGCAAUGAAACUGUGGUAUAAGGCUACCCGGCCUCCACGCUCUCCAAAUAUGGAAGGUGGGAAUGAUAGCAUUUUGGUGCAAAAUGCGAUGAAAAGUUUCACGCGGUGAAUCUCAGUUUGAACCAACUGGCAACACUUAAGUGACCCCUUAAGCCACCACCACCUGCCCUCCCCCCCGACUCCCCAGCAAUCAUAAAAGUAAUGAUUUUGCUGCAGACUUUGGAAUGAUCCAAAAUGGAAAAGCCAGUUAGAGGCUUUCAAAGCUGUGAAAAAUCAAAACAUUGAUCACUUUAGCAGGUCGCAGCUUGGAGCGUGGAGGUCCUGCCUAGAUUCCAGGAGGUUCCAGGGCGAUGCUGCUUUUCCCUGCAGAGUGGGAUUUGAGCUGUGAGUAGAUAACUUGCAGGGAGAAAGAUGAACUUUUUUAACCCUUAAAAUCUUAAAUACUAACUGGGUCUUUCAGAUAGCAAAGCAAUCUAUAAACACUGGAAACACUGGGUUCAGAGAAGUGUUACAAGAGUUUUAUAGUUUGGCUGAUCUAACAUAAACAUUUUCUGUGGUGCGCUGUCUGCUGUUUAGAACUUUGUGGAUUGCUCUCCCAAGAGGUGGUGUCAGAAUCUUUCAGUGCCUUUGUCAUAAACCAGAAUUGUUUGAAAAAACAAAAGUACUGUACAAACACACGUAAAGUAUCCAGUGGACUUUUCUUCUCUCUCUUCCUUUCAAAUUUCAACAUCCCUGUUCUAGGCUGCUGCUGUUUUCUUCAUUUUACAUUAAUGACUCAAAACAAGUAUUUUUAUAGGAAUUUUUGCACUGCAGCGUGCCUAAUGAGGGGAAAAGUAAGGGUGAUUCACUUUCUGACAAUCAUUUAAUUCAGAGGAAAAUGAGAUUUACCAAGUCGACUUACCUUACCGACCCCAGAGACCUAUUGCAUUGAGCAAUGGGGACUUAAUAUAUUUUACUUUGUGUGAUUGCAUCUAUGCAGACGCCAAUCUGGAAGAGCUACAACAUUAAGUUUCUUGGCAACUUUGCAUUCACACAGAUUAGCUGUGUAAUUUGUGUGUGUCAAUUACAAUUAAAAGCACAUUCUUGGACCAUGACAAAAUAGUAUACUCAACUGACUUUAAAACUAUGGUCAGCUUGCAUUCUCAGAAUGAUAGUGCCUUUCUUUCCUUUAGCAUAAGAAUGUUAUCAGAGUCUAGUCUACUACCACAAUGAAGACUUUUUCUGUUUCGUAGAGAGAACGUAGGACAGCUAAUCCAACUAGUUGGUGCAUAAUGGUUUCUUAGUAAUUGGCAAACGCUUCUUACCAGCUUUCAUUGGAGUCAGUGUGGCCUGGAGUAUUUAUAUGGUGCUUAAUGAAUCUCCAGAAUGCCAGCCAGGAGCUUGAUUGGUUAGUAGGGAAUAAAGUGUAGACCAUAUGAAAUGAACUGCAAACUCGUAGCCACACAGGUCUUAAUUGCCUUUUGCAGAGGUAUCCAGAGCUUUUAAAAUUUAUGCUUUAUGUUCCUCACAAUGGGGUACCCCCUAGCAGCCCUCAAAAGUUGCAAUUCUUUUAAAAUUGUAACUGGACUUUCUCUUAACCUGCCUCUGGCCUUCUAAUCACCAGCUCUCUAGGACAAAUUGUUGACAGUAUCGCAAGUUGCUCUCCUUGUAGCUCAUACCUACUUGUCCUUCAGCAACUACUUUGCAGUGACUCAUAUAUUUAUUCAUGCCCCACCCACCCCCCUCUAAAAACAGGUAGGAAACCUCUUUUAUCACAUUUUUUGUGUGUGUGUGGGAAAACAUUUCCAGGGACUCAAAAUCCCAAAUAGGUGGUCAAAUUCUGGAAAUAAGCAUGUCCUUUUUUGUUUUCAUGAGCUUUAUGUCCAUGGUUUGACAUUUUCCUUUCUUCUUUCCUCUGAUUUUGAGGGCUCUUGUAGGGAGUCUGAGGUGAAGAUGCAUGUAAGGUCUGUUGUGUAUUUUGGAUGGGAAAGUCUUGGGGCUUUGAGGACAGAUGCUAAAUGGGCAUGGGUGGCCCCUGGCGUGUGUGCUGAGCCUGAGUACCUUGGCUGGACUCUGGGUCAGGCUUCUAGGAGCAUGAGAAAUGAUCCCCACAAGGAUCAGUUGAACUCCAUCUGAGACUAAGUUGCCUAGGAAAUAUAAAAUGUGAACUCUGUGUGCUGCUUGCAGACAGUUCCCAUAGCUGGCCAGGGCCCUGGAGCCUGCGUCCCCGGGCGGAGCCUGCCCUUACUCACGCUCCACUCCAGUGCCUUGGGAGUUAUGAUGAGACGCUGCCCCAGGAAAGGGAAGAAGGAGGGUGCAGUAGCGCACUGGCCCGACUGUUAGGUUAUAGGGGUUUGUAACGCCAUGUUGUUGGGAAUGUUUCAGCGAUUGUGUGCCCAAGGCAGCACCCAGCAGAGGGCCAGGCACAGAGUAGGUGCUCAACAUUUGUGAAUAAUGAAAUAAUAAUAAGAGUACUAGGAGGAAACUAUACACCUGAGUUCUGGAGGCAGUGGCCUGGCAACUUUCUGGGUUUGAACUGGCCUCUUCUACAAAUCUCUUGCCUUCUCAGGGGAAAGUCUAUUUGAUCCUAAGUGGCUGUCAGUGCAGACGGGAUUAGUAGCCCUGGCAAUGUCACAGGGCUGUGGGCCUUUUCUUUCACGUUCCAGACAAUGGAGAGUGUUUAUGGUUUCAGGAAAGGAACUUUGUGGCUGAGGAGUCAGUUACCUUGUUACCUUGACGCGAUUCCAUCACCUUUUCACUUGGUAUUUGUUUAAAAAAAAAAAAAAAAGUAAAUUACUAGCACAUUUACUGAGUGCCAAUCAUGUGUAGAGCCCUGUGUUAGGCACCGAAGGGGAUGUCACGGAGUAUAAGCUCUGUCUUUCCAAACGACGUGGACUGACAGUUCUGGGUCUGCUGACUUUUGCAGUUGGUUUUGGGGAAGGAGCAUGGGCCUCUGAAUUGUCAUCUGUUUCACUGUCCCCAUCCCAUAAACCUCUUCCUGGGUCUUACUUACUACCUUUAAUGUGUCUCUCAUCCCUCUUCAAGAUUCCGUGUAAGUCAGUGACAGGGUUUUUGACAGAAAUUUUCAGCCCUGUUUCAUGACAGUCUCUGUGGGAAUCUCCUCAGAAGGCUAUGAACUUUGGCUUAAAUCGAACAUGAGCUCCCAAAUCCUAAUGUGACUGUGGGGCAGGCAUGUCACGGCUUGAGGUGUUCCACGUGAUGCUUACAGGUGAAUUGGAGGACAUCUUGCUAGAGAAAAGGUUAGGGCUGUUUUUCUUUGAAAUCUAGAAUAAGUAGGUGUGAUUGUAGCUUCCUACCUCACCAGAAGUCAACUUCCUCUUCCUGCAGGAAGCUGCAGUCACACCUCUGGAGAUUUUAUUCAACAGGGCCCAAGGGCACCACUGUCUACCCUCCACUCUGGCAAACCCUUCUUUAUCUUCCUCCAUAAAGGCCACACCUCAGGGCAGAGGAACACAGGGUAGGGUGGAACUGGCCUGAACCAUCUGGUUGAGCUACUUGGUUGAUUCAUAUCCUUUUUCCUCCACGGAGACCUGUUUCCUGAUCUCUGAGACUGCUUCUGAGCUGGCAACUUGCUCUGGGUCCUGAAACUGGAGAAGGGGUGAUACUUUUUAUUUUCCUGAGAAGAUCUCUGACUUUCCUCUCCCCAGUCACUCCCUUGCCUGCACCCGCAAACCCAGAAAUCAGGGGGAACUUCUGUGUUUAGGUUCUGCAUUGUGACUUUAUCAGCUCUGUCCUCUCUCAUUCCCCCCUCAGCCUCCUGGUCACUGAAUUCAGGACUUCCAGAGUUAGGAACCAAGCUGGGCCUCGAGGAAACAGAGCUUGACAGUUGCGGCCCUGGAGGGCAGACUUAAUUUAAAGAGGUGUCACCAGGCUACUGCAGUCUUUGGCUCCGGUUGAGGUGGCCACAGCAGCAGUUAGGGAGGAGAGCCACAGAGCACAGACUUUGGAAAGGAGCCCCCAGGAUCAAGCUACAUCCUGAAUUUCAUUCUGUGAUGGGAGAGAUUGGAGGGAGUUGCUUUUCCAGCCAAUUAUGUCAGUUCACUGGACUCUAACGGUUCCUUGUGUUCUUUUAUUGUAUUUGGGUUCAGAGUCCUCCCUCAUCUGGGUUUGUAUAAUGUUUGGCAAAGGACUCAGGUUAUCAUUUUUCCUCUGGGCCUCGGUCAUAGAUCUUGGAAACUCCUAGAAGAGUAUUUUGCUUCUACCAAGGAUCAGAUACCGGAGCCUUAAAUAAUGGAUUUUGUUUUACUGUGGCCUGGUCAGAGCUCUCUGCCUCUGCCUCUUGCCAUGCACAUGUACAGUAACGGCAUGCUGGCUAUCACCAAGAGGGAAGUGAACCCUGACCCUCCCCAACAGGCCUCUUCCCCUUGGUGAGGCCACUUGCCCUGUAGCAGCCUGUUCCUGUUUCCCUUAUUUCCUUUCUUUGCACCAGCAAAUUCCCAGUAUUUGCCCAGGCAGUUUAUAGAGAGCCUGUUUGGGAUCCUCUAUGAGCCAUGUCCUCCAGGUUUUUGUGGCUCCCUGAUCUCCUGCAACAUCCAGUAUAUGACCACUGUCAUCUCAGAAGGCUUCUGAGAAGAGGGGCAGGAGCACCUCUGCCUGCCCCCACCCCCCACCCCGCCCGAAGCCUGGUCCAUCUUCUCCCUCAGGAUGUGCACCUCUCCACAUCCUGUUCAGGGGCUCAGACCCCAACUUGGUUGUGAGUUUUGGGAGGGGGAAGGCUGCCCGGUGGGGCAUCUAGGUGGUUCUGAAUUUUUUCCUACCUCACAGGGAUGUCGUGAGACUUCCGAAGGUCUCGGGAUGAAAGGCCCCUUGAGCUCUUUGUAGGAAAGGUGGAGUAAAUGCCAGGUGUGCUCUGUGACCAGGUGAAAUGGGACUCAGCAUUUGUGCAGCAGUCAGGCUGGUGCUCUGUGAGCUGUGCUUGGAUCCCCGUGCCGCCCUGCAGCUCCUUCCACCUUGAGGCCAGCCUCGGGGGGCUCUCAGAUGUUUGACAGAGAGGUACCAGGCAAACCCCUGCUACACGUGCCCUAACACACUGCUGAACAUCAAAGAAAACAGACCCUGCUUUUAAGGAUGUACAAAUGUAUGUCUGCAUUGAUGUCUGUACUGUAAAUUUCUAAUUUAUCACUGUACAAAAAAAAUAAACUUUGCUAUUUAAUUUUUGUAUUAAAGGAAAAUAAAGUUUUGUUUAUUAA